AUGGCGAAUUUCUGCUCGGAGAACAGGGACAUCGCGUGUUAUUUGUUAACAAAAUUAUCAUGGAAAGGAAAAUACAAGCGAAUCUUUUCGAUUGGAACACUUUGUGUGACCACGUACAAUCCGCAGACCUUAGAAGUGACAAAUCAGUGGAACUACGAGGACAUCAUCUCGAUCAAACCAUCGCCAAAAAACACUCCUGAUGCUAGGACACAAGAUGAAUUCAUCGUUUUGUUUCGGAAAAAGGAUAAACGUGACAAUAUGCGAUUUGCGUCUGAACAUUUUCCGGAUAUCGUCACCGAUUGUCUUCAACAUUAUCAAAAGUUUGUCGACAAGCCAAAACAGUUACCGAUGGCUUCUUGUUUGAAACAUUCGUGGUCAGCAAGGACCGUAUCUAUUCGGCUGCGAAUUGUUCCCUACGCGAUUGAGCAAAUUGAUGAACGAAAUGUUCUUCUAGCCGUCUACCCCUUCAAAAACAUUCGCAGUAUUGUAAAACUACGUGAUCGACCGAAUGGUUUUGUCAUCGAAGUGGGAGAACAUCGACGAAGGCACAUUUUCGAAACACAACAAUGCGACCAAUUUCUAACGGAAAUUCGCAAAUGGGCAGCCGAUUAUGUUGGUGUCUCGAUUCCAUUCACGAAAGAAGCGCUCACACUUGAUGAUGCAAUGAUGACACGAUUGGGACUCUGCAGUCGCGACGAUCGUCUAACUUCAUACGUCGAGUUCAACGUGCAGAAAUUCUCUCCCCGUCAUCAGCCAUCCGUUCGUCGAUUGUUGUGCCUCUCUGAUGGGUGUUUAAUUGAAAGAGACAAGAGCACAUAUCAUGUCAUUUGCGCAACACCGCUCAAUCAGAUCAUUUGCCUUGUUCGUUUGGAGAAGGAUCCUCAACAAUUUGUGGUUGAAUUUGUCGAUGGGAAACACCGUGCCUAUGCAGCUCCAGAAAGAGAUCUCAUUCUCGCGUCACUCAUCGAUGGAACGAGAGCCAGUGGAAAUGAGCAAGUAUUUGUAAUUGGUCAUCGUUUCGAUAGAUCUCUUCGACUGAUGCCAUAUUCUGGUUUAUUGGAUGAGGAUGCUGAAUCACAAUGUAUGCGACACAUCAUCGCGCCUCCACUUGGUUUACGGCGUACGGAUCUUGUAAGACGCUUCAACGCGAACAUUCCGUACAAUGGACUCACUUAUGCAACGAAUCAGGAAGGUUUCUUCACCGAGAACAAAGGGAAAAUCAUCGUGCAAUGUCUCGAAUGCGUUCUACAAGAGAAAUAUACAAAGGAGGAUGCGAACGCAGUACAUCGAGUCGAAGCUCAACUACAAUGUCUUCGACGGCUAUUUGCCUCAAAAAGUGGCUUCCACGCCUUCACGGAAGUGGCCGGAAUUCGAGAGAAAUUGGGUGAUCUCGUCGUGCGAUGUUUGCAAUGGAAAAAUGAAGCGAUCGAUCAUGCUGUAGUGGAGACGCUGUGUGCACUGAUGCGGCCGAUGCACAAUUUCUUUGAGCUUCGCAUCGAACAACUCAACAAACAGAGUCUUCUCAGCAGUGCGCAAUUCGUCGAACAUCUACUUGAUCUUGUCGUUAAACAUGUGGAGCGACAAACUGGGGCUCUUGUGAUCGCGGCGAUGCUCGACUUCCUUACCUACGCUAUUUGUGCGCCAUUCUCCGAGACGACACACGGAGAGACUUUUGACACGAUAUUGAAACUUGUCGCAAUCCGAGGCCGGAGCUUCUACACGCUUUUCCAUUCGCCGAGUAUGACCAUUAUUAAAGGCGCCGGAAUGGUAAUGCGUGCGAUAAUUGAAGAAUCCGAUGUGGAAACCUCAAAAGCGAUGCAACUGUUGGCGUUGAGUGAGGGGUCAUUUCUCACACAUCUAAAUCUAUCACUUCUCUCGAUGGGCACGGAUUUGCGGGUACGAGCGAAUCGGCAACUUUCCGGUCAUUUGUUGAGUCUGUGGCUUGUCGAUAAUCAAUGUGCCGAGGAUUUGAUGCAAAGAUCUUUGCCACGAGGUUUGCUCGAGUUUCUUAAUUCGGAUGCCCCUGUGCCAGUGAAAGAAGCCGAUCUACUUUUGCCGAGAAACAACCUCGAAGCGGCUUCAAAUGAACUGAAACAGAAAAAUCCGAUGCUUGAAAAGAUGGAAGGACUCAAGAUAACGGCUGAGGCGCAAAUCGAGCGAUUCAUUCAAAACUGGGACCUCGAACAGAAGUUGAACUUCAAGAUGACACCAAGACAAGAGGAGCGGAAAGACAAAGGAAUGGUGGUGUUAAGACGGAGAAGAGCAUCGAAUUCGACCAUCGAUUUGAUUUGGAACGAGGAAACGAGAGGAGAGUUCAGAAACACUGUUGAGAACGAGCUGCGGAUUUUGCAAAACGAGAAAGAGCAAGCCGGAUCGACGCUUUUGAUCAGCUGGAAUCACGCGGAGUUUCAUGUCGGCUACAAGAGUCUCACGAAUGAGAUCAAAAUUGGGGAUUACUUCUUGCGGCAAUUGCUUUCGGAAACAGACGAAACGGCAACACCGAUACAUAAACCAGUCGAGUUUUUCAACAACGUUUAUCAUCGUUUGCUCUUGUCGACCCGAAGUGACAUGCGAUGUUUAUGCCUAAAGGCAAUGGCCAUAGCUUACAGUCGUCAUCAUAUCACAAUUGGGCCUGUUGCCGAUGUCACCCAUUUUGUCACAAUGCUCCAGCAUACAAACGUGCCAAUGGAGCGAGAUCACUUGAUACUCCUGUUGAGCAAACUCGUCCUCAAUAAAUCAAACGCCAGAGAACUUCUCGGUGUGGAAUUGGUGCGGCUGUUGGUUGAAUUGGCUUCACUCGCUCAUUUGCACACAAAUCGAGCCACUUUAAACAAUCAAAGCAAUGUCAUUGAAGCGACACCGAAUCAAAUGGGAGAAGGGCCCGCUGAAUGGUACUAUCAAGUGAAGAAAGAUGAUCGGCAUGGGCCAUUCUCUUUUCCAAAGAUGAAAGAACUUUUCGAGGAAAAGACAAUCUUUGAGAAAACCUGGAUUUGGGCGGCUGGAAUGGAGAAUUGGGAGCCACUAUCAAAAGUCCCACAGUUUCGAUGGACGAUCUGUUCAACUCCUGUAAAAGAUGAAGAAGAGAAAAGCUUCUUGGGAAACGCUCUCUACAACUUCAGUGAAUUGGCAGCUAUUGCACUCGAGAUUUUGCUGCAAAUGUGCGAGUUCUUCCCAUCAAGGGACGAGAAGGGUUGUGUGGUUCGUCCUAUGCCCUCUGUCAAGCUCCAACUCACGUCUCCAUCAGUUCUGAAAUGUGUCGUGCAAUUGCUGCUCACCUAUGACUCGACAAUUGUGCAACGUGUUUCCUCUCUGCUUUUCUUGGUCAUGCAAGACAAUCCAUUUAUGCCAAGUCUCUAUCUGACUGGUCUCUUCUUCUUCAUUCUCAUGUAUAACGGGUCGAAUGUUCUGCCGAUUGCUCGUCUCCUUCACUUAACACACAAAAAGCAAGCAUUCCGAAGCGCUUUGCCCAAAUUCGAAGGCACUCACUCCGUUUUGGCUCCACUUCUCCCAGAGGCCGCCAUUUUCUAUCUUGAACAUUAUGGACCCGAGAAAUAUGCAGAGGUCUAUCUUGGUGAAUUCGAUAAUCCAGAAGUGAUUUGGAACAACAAAAUGAGAAGACAUUUGAUUGAGAGAAUAGCGCUUCACAUUUCCGAGUAUUCAGCUAGAUUGAUGAGCAAUGUGAAGGCUCUCUACACGUUUUGCCCGAUCACCGAAGUAGACUAUCCCGAAUUGGAAAGCGAACUGUUCUGUCAUGUGUACUACUUGAGGCAUUUAUGCGAUCAGCAAAGGUUCCCCAAUUGGCCAAUCAGAGAUCCGGUGGCAUUUUUGCGUUCUUGUUUGGCAGCCUGGCAUGAGGAAAUCGAUCGGAAACCGCCGGCAAUGAGCAUCGAGAUGGCUUGUGAAACUCUCGGAAUUGACCCAACAAAUGAUCAAUGGAUGGAUGCGGCCAACACGAGACGUGCCUAUUUAAAGCUCUCAUUAAAGUAUCAUCCUGAUAAGAAUCCCGAUCCGGAGGCUCGUGAUAUUUUCCAGAAGAUCAGCUCUGCCUACGAAUUGCUCACCUCUAACAAUGCUAGGAGAAAUCUACCCGAUCCGGAACGAAUCGUUCUCUGCUUGAGAGCACAAAGUAUUGUUUACAGCGGUCACUUGGAAGAACUUGGUGAGUACAAGUACGCUGGAUAUGGGCAACUCAUCAAGACAAUCGAUCUCGAGGCAAAAGAUGCACAACUCUUCCAAAAGGGUGGCGGUUCACUGUUGGCGGCGGCAAUCGAGUUGGCCAAAUGGACGUUGCAGAGUUCGGCUUUGAACGCAGAACAGUUGAGGAGAGAGAAUGGACUUGAGGCUCUUCAACUUGCUUUUGAGCGGUGUGCACCGAUGAUCAACUUAAGCUCCAAACCCGACGAUAUGGCAACACAAGUGUGCGAGCGAAUUUGUGACUGUUUGGGAACGGCUGCUCGUUUCGAAGGAUGCCGGGCUAGAAUUGCCGAGAUGUCAUCGAUUUUCGGCAAUAUCACUCGAUUGCUUCAAUUCACGGCACUCCCAAAGUUGGUCGUUGCAGCGUCAAAUGCUAUCUCGGCUAUGUCAGUGGAUACGCUACUUCAGAUGCAAUUCUUCCAGAACGGUAUCCUCUGGCAAUUAAUUCCACACCUCUUUCUGUAUGAUUACACGCUGGCUGAAGGAGGCGUUCAACACAGCGAAGACAGCAACAAACAGGCACAAGUGAAUCGUCUCUCGAUAGCUGCUCUUGAAUCGAUUGCUUCAUUGGCUGGUUAUCGAGAAUCUUGUCCAGAGAAUGAGGGUGUUCAACGCAGUGUGCGGGCGCUAUUAACGCCGUAUGCGAGCAGAUGUAUGAAGAAUGGGAAAAAUGAUGAGGUUUUAAAAACGCUAAACAGCAACACGGAAAAUCCAUAUCUCGUUUGGGACAAUGGGACUCGUGCUGAACUCUUGGAGUUUGUUGAAAAGCAAAGGACGUCAACGGGAAAUAUGAGCGAUCUCUUCGGUGCCGAGUUCACGCUCUCGGUUUGCGCAAACGAGUUCAUCGUCGGUGAUGUCUUUAUUCGGAUCUACAACGACCAGCCAAACUUUGAUAUUGAGGAUCUAAAAGGUCUCUGCGUGGAUUUGUUGGACUUUCUGGAGAAACAUGCGAGUCAACUUUGUGGAGAUGUGCCAAUCAAAACGAACAACGACAAUUUGAUUGACAUAGAUUGGGGCGAAACGGCAACGAAGGGCCCACUUUCACUCGUUGAUCAAGCGUGUAUGUGUUUGACGGCUUUACACAAUUUGUUCCUUAAGGAUCCUGCUGUCGUUUCUCUUCUCAUCGGCCAUUUCCGCUUGUUGCUGAGAUUCUUGCGUUGUACUACGAAUAAACGAUUGCAGAAGGGAUCCCUUAAGAUUCUCUCACAAGCCGCCGGAACCACUCAAUGUCUAUCGGAUAUCAGCUCUGUGUUAAUGUGCUCAACGCUUUACACGAUUUUGACUACAACACCAGAAUUCCAAGAAAUCGUUCUCAACAUUCUGAAAGCGUUUGCGUCAAAUACUCAACUUGUCAAGGAAUUGCUUGAAUAUGGAGGUAUUGCCUACUUGUUGCCAAUCGUUUUAACAUCACCAAUGUCGGGAACCUCAACGGAAAGAAUUCUCACGGCCAGCCUUCUUGCACAUCUUCAAGCCGAUAAACUAACCGGACCAAUAUGGACAAGGUUCAUUAACAAAUUCUUGCCACCGAUCUUUGCUGAUGCUCUUCGUGAUUCAGUACAAACUGCUGUCUCGAUGCUUGACACUGCCAACGAGAAUCCGGAGCUCAUUUGGAAUGAUGGAGUGCGGAAAACGGUUCUCGAAACCCUUGAACGAGAUCGGGCAAAUCUUCUCGCCAAACAGCAAAAGAAUCCGGGUGUCAAAUGGGAUUUCUCUGCGAUUUCCGGAGAGAAUUGGUGUGCUUACAAGGACACGAUAUCUGGUGAACUGAUCAUUCACGGUGUCUUCGUGCGUCUUUAUGUGCAGAAUCCGGGAUGGAACGUUCGUCACCCGAAACAAUUUUGUCAGGAACUCGUUCAUAAUAUUGUUCAACAACUCUCGAAGCCCACCAAUAAUUUGAUGUUAUUGACGACAGCACUAGUCGAAUUGUUACGCCACCAUCCGGGAACUGCUGAUGCGGUAAAGUUUGAAGAAUCUAACACAAGAAAACAAUCAACAAACAUUGCGAAGAUUUAU